GCCAGACCUUAACAACCCGGGGCUAAGAUCGGUGUGAAGAGGAACAGCCAGAGACGCGGCGACAGCGCCAGGCGCACGGGAAGUGCAGGGGACGCGCCCGCCCGCCUCUGCUGCCGCGCCCUUGACCUCUAGCUUUAGCUGGGACCUGAGCGCGGGAGUAAUUGAAAAACCCAUGGACUGAGAAACAACAGAGGAAACCUGUGGUCUCGUACUUGGUCCUUCCGCCGUCUCCCUCAUUCGCUCCAUGCCCGAGAGCUGCGCUCUCCAGCCUGGGUAGGACAGCCAUGGAGGAGCCGGGCGCUCACUGCGCUCCUCCGCCGCCUGCGGGCUCCCUGACUGAGGUUCUGCUCGCCAACCUCUCCACUGCUCGCUCCCACAACUGCAGUGCCGAAGGCUACAUUUACCAGGACUCUAUCGCCCUGCCCUGGAAAGUGCUGCUGGUCAUCCUGUUGUCGCUGAUCACCUUGGCCACCACGCUUUCCAAUGCCUUCGUGAUCGCCACUGUGUACCGGACCCGGAAGCUGCACACCCCAGCCAACUACCUGAUCGCCUCCUUGGCAGUCACCGACCUGCUCGUGUCCAUCCUGGUGAUGCCCAUCAGCACCAUGUACACUGUCACCGGACGCUGGACUCUGGGCCAGGUGGUCUGCGACUUCUGGCUGUCGUCGGACAUCACCUGUUGCACUGCUUCCAUCCUGCAUCUCUGUGUCAUCGCCCUGGACCGCUACUGGGCCAUCACCGACGCCGUGGAGUACUCAGCCAAAAGGACUCCCAAGAGAGCAGCGGUCAUGAUCGUGCUGGUCUGGGUCUUCUCCAUCUCCAUCUCUCUGCCACCAUUCUUCUGGCGCCAGGCCAAAGCCGAGGAGGAGGUGUCGGACUGCGUGGUGAACACAGAUCACAUCCUCUACACUGUCUACUCCACGGUGGGCGCGUUCUACUUCCCCACCCUGCUCCUCAUCGCCCUCUACGGCCGCAUCUAUGUGGAAGCCCGCUCCCGGAUUUUGAAACAGACGCCCAACAGGACCGGCAAGCGCCUGACUCGAGCCCAACUGAUAACCGACUCCCCCGGGUCCACAUCCUCGGUUACCUCCAUUAACUCGCGGGCUCUCGAUGCGCCCAGCGAAUCCGGGUCUCCUGUGUACGUGAACCAAGUGAAAGUGAGAGUCUCUGACGCCCUGCUGGAAAAGAAGAAACUCAUGGCCGCUAGGGAGCGCAAAGCCACCAAGACCUUGGGGAUCAUUUUGGGAGCGUUUAUUGUGUGCUGGCUGCCCUUCUUCAUCAUCUCCCUGGUCAUGCCUAUAUGCCAGGAUGCCUGUUGGUUCCACCUGGCCAUCUUUGACUUCUUCACGUGGCUAGGUUAUCUCAACUCCCUCAUCAACCCCAUCAUCUAUACCAUGUCCAAUGAGGACUUCAAACAAGCGUUCCAUAAACUGAUCCGCUUUAAGUGCACAAGUUGACUUAUCAUUUGCAGUUGGGUCGCCUAGGUGGCCUUUGGGGACCAUUUGGGGUCUGGUCCCACAGGUAGGUCGACUCUUCUUUCACUGUUACUGGGUCAGAAGGAGGCUCUCCAGGGCAAAGGCAAUGGAUCCUGAGAAGCCAGGACAGCCCAAAGAGAGCACUGAGAGCAGAGCUGCUCCAACUAAAGGUAGAGCUUCCCUGAGAAGGUAGAGGCUCACUUCCUCCUCUACCCCCAGGCUCGCACCGACCCUGCUGCAACCAGUCCAGCGGAAGGUUGCAACUUUUUUUUUCCCCCAAAGUUGAUGGAAAGGUGAUCUUUGGCCUGCUUUGGUGUCAUGGAUGAUGCCCUCUAGAACCAGUGGUACUUAGUUGUCUGAAAGGCUGUCUGAGACAGAUCUACAUACAGCCUGGCAGUACUUGAACUAGACCUUUAAUACCUGGUGUUUUGGGGAGAACUUUG